AUGGAUCAUAAUAUUAAUAGUGUACUAAUGAGUGCCUGCUUGGGUUAUAAUUCCGAUGAAACUCAAGAUGAAAGUAAAGAUGAAACGAUUUUACAAGAUAUCAUCGAAGACACACCCCAAAACAGUCCAACUUCGUGCAUGACAAACUGUACUCAAUUGGACAAGAAAAAUAGUGCCGCAAUAAAAGUAAAGAAAAUUCUGCUUUACAGCAGUCAACAAACCCGAGUAUGUAGUCCAUUAAUGCAUCCCGCUUUUAAACCAUUCACGCCCGAAAAUUUUGCCGAUAGAUCUAGCUAUGAAACUGGUGAGCGUAGCAUUGUUGCCCCAGUGGACCUUCGUUUAACACUUAGCAUGACUAUGAAAAAUGGUGAACGGCUUGUCGAAACUUUGGGUCCUCCCUUAAAUGCAUCCACGCCGCUUACGGAAAUAACAGAAUCUAGCAUUGAAGCACCAGCUUAUUCACCGCUUACUCCAAAUCCACUUUUCGUAGCAAAUAAAAACAACAAAAAUCCAGCAUAUUUUCUACCGCCAUUGAUGACUCAGGUGUCAUCUGUUGAAACUUUGGGCUCUCCUUUAAUGGCGUCCACACCUGUGAUGGCAGUAGAAAUAACAGAGUCUAACAUUGAAGCUCCAGCUUUGUCUUCGGUUUCGUCAAAACUAUCUCCCGCUUUAAAUAAUAAAAUACCAGAAUCUUUUCCACCAUCGCCGAUGCCUCGAAUGUCACCUAAAACUAAAGAACUAUUAAAUAUUUUAGGAGAUUUUGAAGAUUUUAACAGUGAUGACUCCGUACAGGAUCCGGACUAUCAAAUUCACGAGAUGGAUAAUACUAGCUCUAGUGAAAGGUCAGACAAGUCAAAUUCUAUAAUUACUACGCAUGUUCUCGUUCAUCAUCAUGCCACAAAUAAACAAGACCAAGAAAUGACCACACACAGAAAUCACAACUACUGUGAUUUAGCAACGCACCAUGCAGUAUGUCCUGUUGAGAGUUUUCAGGAAGAAUCGAAUUCUGAUGCUAACAUAGAAAAUGCUACUAGUCGCAAUAGAGACCAUGAACAAAAUCUGUUAGUAAAAGAAAAAACGAGUUAUGAAGAAUGUAAUGAAGAUAACAUUUCUACAGGUCGUAAUACAAGUGGAAGACCACGUAGAGGAAGAAAGCGGAGGUUUGGUCAAUUGACUAGGGAAGAAAGGAAACAAAAUAAAUAUAAAAAUCUACCCUAUGUAAACUAUCGCAAGAAACAGGUGGAGUCUAAAUCAUUUAUAAAUUUUGACUGUGGUUGCUCCAAGAAAUGUUCUGCAAAAAUUUCUGUGGAAAAUAGAGAGGCCGAAUUUAAGAAAUUUUACGAGUUGGGAACAUAUCAUUCUCAAAAUAUGUAUAUUGUGGCUUGUGUGAAAGAACAACCUGUGAAACGCCCUUACAUAUCGUACAAUAUCUCGAAAAAAAAAACAUAUUCGCGUCAGUAUUUUUUGAAAGGUAUUUUGGUAUGUAGAGAUAUGUUCGUGAAGACCAUUCAGACCACCCCAAAAAGAAUUGAUACGGCUCUUAAAAAAAUGAGAACGGAUUCUGUCACUGACAAACGGGGUUCUGAUGAUCAAGGUCACUGCAACAUCUGGGUAGAAGGCGAAGCGGCAAGAGGCGCACAGGAAGUCGGAUCUUGCCUCAUCAAACACCUGUCAGAGAGACUCAAAGAAGGGGUAACUCACCUUAUUCUUUGGAGCGAUUCCUGUGGCGGUCAAAACCGCAACAUCAAGCUUACUCUUAUGCUUAAAGCUUUCUUAGAAGAUCACCAAACGUUGCAGCAAAUAAGCAUGAAGUUUUUGGAAUCGGGACAUAGCUUUUUGCCGAACGAUACAGAUUUCGGAAAGGUGGAAAAUGCGUUGAAAUACCAACAAAGAGUAUAUUCGCCUGAAGACUACAUAAAUAUUAUGAGAUCGUGCAAAAAACAUAAGCCCCUACAAGUUCACCGAAUGCAACCAACAGAUUUUCUUAGUUCACGUCCACUGGAGAAUAUUAUAACUAAUAGAAAGAAAUCACUUUCUGGAGAAAAAGUCUCCUGGCUGCAGACGAAAGAAAUUUUAUUAAAAAAGAAAGAGAUGUUUUCUUUAUUUAUGCGGUACAGUCUAGACGAUUCUUUUGUAGAAGUAGACCUGAAAAAAAAUUGCCGCGGCAGACAACGCUUCAUAUCAAAAAGUCUAAUGCAAAUGCUUUGGCCUGAUGGGAAGAUGAUACCACAAGCAAAGUUGAACGACAUAAAAAGCCUAAUGCAUUUGAUCCCACGUGAUGCUCAGGCAUUCUACAAAAAAUUGACUGGUGACAAUAGUAUAGAAGAUGAUGUAGACGGAUUUUCCGGGGAACCUGAUUUUGAGAUUGAAGUGGAAGUGGACCGCGAUCCUAUAUCUUGA